CGACUGGCAACUGACAAGCGCGGGACCAUCAGCUGCUGUCUGGAGAACAGAGGCCAGUAGCUACUCAAGGCCUGCAUGGCACAAUCACUGCCUGCUCUUGAUAUAUCUGCUCCUGGCAAAGUCAUCCUCUUUGGUGAACACUCCGUCGUCUAUGGCAAACUUGCUAUUGCUGCAGCUGUCUCCCUUCGCACAAAGCUCAGUUGUCGACCACUAGGCCCGGCUGAUGAAGCUCGAUCUGUACAUCUUGACUUUGCAGAUGUAGGUCUCAAUGUGACUUUCUCAGAGAAUGAAAUUCUUGCGCUCUUUGAUCUGGUGCGUAGAGAAGAUACACUUUCUGAUGGACUUCCUCCAGCACAACUCAAUGAAGACGUCCUAGGUGCAGUCAACACAUUGCUGGAUAGCAGGAGUAUCAAGGGACUAGCCAACACUGCUGCAUCUGCUUUUGUCUACUUGCUCGUGAUGAUUCAAGGAGCCAAAGGACUGAACCAUACCUGCACCGGUCACUUUCGACUCACUUCUGAAUUGCCUAUUGGUGCAGGACUAGGCUCAUCUGCUUCUGUCUCUGUUGUCGUUGCAGCAGCUGUUCUCUUUUGCACCUAUGGCCGUCAUUUCCUCAAUGCCAGCAACCCUAUAAGCAUAAGAGACGAGGCCUUGGGAUUGAUUGAUCGCUGGGCGUUCGCUGGAGAACAAGUGAUCCAUGGUAAUCCAUCCGGGGUUGACAAUACCGUCGCGACCUAUGGUGGCUGUGUGGCAUUCAGAAAAGGUGGACAGCCAGUCACGCAUACGAUGCCUGCGUUGCCAUUACUAUUGACCAAUACAGGUGUUCCCCGUGAUACGAAAAGUCAAGUGGCCAAAGUCGCAUUACUUAAAAGAAGGAAUCUGCAUGAGACUGACAAGGUGCUCGAUGAGAUGGAUCAGAUUGCAACAUUGGGAGAAAUGGCAUUGACUGCGAAGGAGGUCUCGCUGCGUAUCAUUGGAGAUUUGAUGCGGCAUAAUCAAGAUUUGCUGAGGAAGCUUGGCGUCUCGCAUGACAGCAUUGAAGCGAUCGUUCAAAGGCAUCAGGAAAUUGGCUAUACGAAGCUGGUGGGCGCUGGUGGAGGUGGGUGUGUGGUGACUUUGCUCAAGGCUGAUACUGAGGAACUCACCUCAGAGCAAGCGAAGUCGAAAGUGCCACAAGGCGAUGAACAGAGCUACUCGGUGACGAUGGGCGGGCCUGGCGUGUGUGUGAUGAAUCUAGAGACAGAGGAGUGCAUACAGUUCACAUGAUGCUCACACUGAAUGCAGCUACCUAUACAGACUGAAGUAGUACAGACUAAGUACAGUUCAUGGCCAGGAUGAGUCUCGUCUCGUUGCCAAUUCGCGG